AUGUCUCGCCCGCAGAAAAAGAAAGAAAAACCUGGAAAUCCUGUCCUAAGUGCCAUUGGCAACUGGCUGGACAGUUUACCAUCUUCGAUCCUUGAAUCCGUAUACCUCUCUUAUCUUCGCGGCGAUCUUGAUCACGAGGGAGGGGCAGCUUACAUUCGUCAACAGCUUCUCGACCGUGCCCCAAAACGCUGGGUAGUCUACGAGCCAAUGGUAUUGCUCCCAAGUGGGAGCUUCACCUCUGCUCCGUGGCCUGCCCUACUGUCCAUCCUGAGCCCGUCUCAAAAAGAUGCCCUCUGGGCCGAAAUCCUCCACCAGCUAUCACCCACCACCAAGGGAGCCUCCAAACCCACUCAUCUCGCCGUAAAUGAGGGAAUCCCCCUCCAGAUUUCCUCUCAGCGAGAAGGCGUAUCACAUCAGCAAGAAAAUAUCCUCCGCUCCCCCUCAGGUCUCAAACCCCUCUUCGGCUCCUUCGGCCCCUGCAACCCCCCCUCUCCCCCCUCCCAAACAGACUUUGAUGCUGCACUCUGGGUAUCCACAAAACAAAACGGUAUUAUCCAGACCUGGGCACCGCUGCAUAUCAUGUUCUCGAGGGGUAAUGUGAAGGAGAAAGCUAGGCUAUUAAACACGCCUGCCUUCAAACCGAGUUGUGGGAAGGAAAAGUUUGCGGUGGAUUUGUAUGCUGGGAUCGGGUACUUUGCGUUUAGUUAUGCACGGUUGGGGUUGAGGGUGCUGUGUUGGGAGUUGAAUCCUUGGAGUGUGGAGGGGUUGAGGAGGGGGGCCGAACUCAAUGGGUGGGAGGUGAGGGUUAUUGAUCCAUCGAAGGAGGAGAGGCAGAGUAAUGACGAGGAGCUACUGGCUAGGGAAGUUUUGGCGGAGGAGAAGGCGCAGAUUCUUGUUUUUCUCGAGAGUAAUGUCCAUGCUGCUGCGCGGAUUCGUCGGUUGCGAGAGAAGUGCGGUUUGGACAUUGUGCAUGUCAAUUGCGGGUUUUUGCCUACCAGCGCUCUGGUUUGGAAGGAUGCCUGGGACAUGGUGAGGGACAAUGAGAGCGAGGGCGGUUGGCUGCACUUACAUGAGAAUGUCGGCGAGUCAGAUAUUGAAACAAGGAGGAUGGAGGUGCAGGGGUUGGUGAGUCGUUGGGGAGAGGAAGGGAUAGAGAAGCGAAGGAGGGGGGCAGUGGAGCAUGUUGAAAAGGUCAAAACAUUCGCGCCAGGCGUGUGGCAUUGUGUGUUUGAUGUGAGGGUGACAGAUGAGUAG